UUUGAAGGUGCUCGCACCGAUCUCCAGGGCUGGCUGCUGCUACCUCGACUCGAAGAAUCGGACGCUGACGAAACGCCGGAAGCGAGAGCCGUCCGCCGUUUCCCGAUGGGCUUCGCCGGCCGGGCGCGUGCGCUGCUCUUCGUCCUGGUCGUCGGAACGGUCGCCGCCGACCAUAUCUUCACCACCUCAGGUGUGCCAUUUGGGCGGAGUUCGCGUGAGCCGAGGUACCGUGUCGAGUUUCAUUCUGUUGAUUCGCCGUUCCAUCCAGAGAAUGGCCAGGAAUCGGUACCAAUGACUAGCCAUGAGGGGAAACAAUAUACAUGCUUCCUACCAGUUGAAGAAACUAAAACCAUGAAGUCGAUUCUCCCACAAAAUGCGACUAAUGUUAUAAUAGAAAGUGAACGGAUAAUUAAGCCAAAGGAGCCAGAUGAAUUACUCGAGGUUCUCAAGGAUCAUUGCUUCCACAGGAAUGAAGGUUGGUGGUCUUAUGAAUUCUGUUAUCAUGGGAAAAUUCGACAGGUUCAUGUGGAGGGCGACAAGGUUAUUCAGGAAUAUAUUCUAGGCGAAUAUGAUGAUGAUGCGACUGCUGCUUACCAUGAGAAUAGCACCUCCGAGUUUGCUGAUGAAGACCAUCGCCUGAAAGAUAUUUCUAAGAGGUAUCAUGUCCACCUGUAUACAAAUGGUACUGUCUGUGAUCUCACAGAUAUACCCCGGGAGACAGAGGUUAGAUUUGUUUGCUCGGAGCCUGCUGUACUGAUCAGUUCAAUCAAGGAGAUCUCUUCCUGCAAAUAUGUUGCAACAGUUUACAGCCCGAUGCUUUGCAAAAAUCCGUUAUUUCACCAAGAAAAACGCACCCUCUCCAUCCACUGCAACGAGUUGCCUACUGAAGCAGAACCCGCUGUGGAGGAUGACUCACUUCCAAAAGCUCAUAUUUCCAUCAUUCCAGACCCGGAUGAACAACAUGAUUUCACAGCUUAUGCUACUUGAUUACUCUCCAAUGGUGUAUGUCUGAUGUAGCGAAGAAAUUAUCAAUUUGGAGGCAGAGUGGCAACUGAGCCAUGAUCCCUACAGUGGCACAGAGUGCUUCUUGUAAAGCAGGCUGAGACUACCAGUCGAACAGUAAUGAUAGAGGAUGAUUAUGAAGGAAGAGUGCUUUUCUGUAUUUGUAAAGGAAACAAUUUUUCGACACUAACAUUUGCUUGAAAUGUCUAUAAAAAAGGAUAAUGCAGCAAUCUUAGAAA